AUGCCACGCGAAGUGCUCGCCAAGCUCGGUGUUCGUUAUCGUCGCAUUCCUGUGAUGGCAAUUGGCAAGGAUAUCUAUUGCGACAGCCGCAUGAUAAUCUCGAAACUUGAAAAGUUGUAUCCAGAGAACACCCUUGGCGCUUCCAGUCCAAUCGAGCAAGCAUUUGAGUAUCUUCUUGAGAAUUUCAUCAAUGACGCAGGUCCUUUUUUGCGCGCAGCGCAGAUGAUCCCACCUUCCCUGAUCAGUCCUGAGUUCGCAAAGGAUCGAUCUGAAAUGACAGGACGCGUCUUUGAAGCCCAGGGCAGAGAACGGCAGCGACCCGAGGCAAUGGCACACGUGAGAAUGUAUUUCAAUCUAUUUGAAACAAAGAUAUUGGCCGAUGGUAGGAAGUUCAUCAGCGGCACGGAUGAGCCGAGGUUGGGCGACAUACACGCAGCCUGGAACUUGGACUGGGCCGUGGGCCUCGCUCAGUUGAAGCAGGAAGGCGAGAAAGGAGAUCUGUUCACCAGGGAGCAAUAUCCUAAAGUUUUCGCAUGGCUAGACCGGUACAAAGCUUUUGUCGCUAGUGUCCAUGAGAAAGAUGGCCGUGCGGAAACGAUUGGAAUCGAAGAGACAGUGCGAAAAGUCCUGAGCAGCAAGUAUGCAGAGCCGGAGGGUGACGUUGACGCACUCGAUCCGUUGCAGCUUAAAAAGGGACAACUGGUUGAGAUGUUUCCGACUGACUCAGGAAUGAAUCACCAUGAUAAAGGCGAGCUGCUGUCUAUCAGCGCGGACGAGGUUGUUGUGAAAUCGGAGGUUCCUGGAGGAAAGGGCCACUUGCGAAUUCAUUAUCCAAGAACGAAUUUUUCCAUCAAACCACUCCAGGAGGGAAAGUUGUAA